CGCUAACCCUUUUCAAUUAUCAGAGCUAGUUUUUGCUUCUUGUGUUACGAAUGAAAUAUUCGAUUUUUGCUAAUAGUAAAAUGCACAGUCGCUGUACAAAGGUAGCCCGCAAUCCAAACAUGGAAAGGUUGCAAAAUAACUACUUGUUUCCUGAGAUAUCAACGCGUGAAAUGGAACACAUCAAGAAGUACCCAAACACAGAAGUGAUAAGCCUCAGAAUAGGUGACACCACUGCGCCAAUACCAGAUAUUAUUGCUGCAGCCAUGUCUGAUGUAAGUAUCACUUACAGGUUUCGGUUUGAUCGUACAUGUUGCAAUCUCUAG